GAAAGUUGUUGAUCCCCUAGUGACCACUGUCUGUAAGUACACGUUGGAACUAGACCCGGAAGCAGCGUGUACACUGCUGAAACCAAGGAGACAGCAUGGCGGAAUACACAGAUCACGACGGCGGGGCAGGGGACGAUGUGCCCGAUCUCUCAGACAGUGAUAAUGAGGAACAGUGGCAGUGGAUGGAGGCCAAUGACAACAUCGUUCAAGUUACUUGCUUAUUCUGUGACAAGAUGUCAAAUUCUGGACCAGAAACACUACAACACUGCCUAGUGGAGCAUCAAGUCGACCUUGUAGAAGUGGUUAAGAAACACAAAUUAGAUGACUAUGGCUACAUCAAGAUGAUAAACUACAUACGAACAGAGAAGUGCAGUGGGCAGAGCUUGUCUACGCUGCCUGAGUGUUCUAUUCCCUGGGAGAGUGAUGAGUACAUGAGGCCAGCUUUACAGGAUGACCCCUUACUGCAGAUAGAUCUGGAAGAACUGUGUGAGGGGAAGGGGAUUUUGGCUGGCCCCUCUACUGGGGGCCAGUGUGAAGCCAGCCGCUCCUCUGAUGCUCUUCUGCAGAGGGCCCAGGCUGCAGAGGAGAGGGCCCAGCGUACAGAGGAGGCGCUGGCCAGAGCCAUGGACGACCUACACAAACUCAAGUUGCUGGCCCAGGGUCUAGUAUUGAAUGCGGAUGUGGGUCGGGGCACCGGGUCCUUGGGCGCCGUGGCUGAGCUCCGGGAGGACGAGGAUGAGGCCUACUUCAGCUCAUAUGGCCACUACAGCAUCCAUGAGGAGAUGCUUAAGGAUAAAGUGCGCACAGAAAGCUACAGGGACUUCAUGUACCUUAACCCGGAAGUGUUCAAGGACAAGGUGGUGCUAGAUGUGGGCUGUGGGACGGGCAUCCUUUCUAUGUUCGCCGCCAGAGCGGGAGCCAAGAUGGUCAUUGGGGUGGACCAAUCAGAAAUCAUCUACCAGGCCAUGGACAUUGUCAGGUCGAACCAGCUGCAGGACAGGGUCACUCUGAUAAAGGGCAGGAUAGAGGAAGUCAAACUGCCCGUUGAGAAGGUGGACAUCAUCAUCUCAGAAUGGAUGGGUUACUUCCUGCUGUUUGAGUCAAUGCUGGAUUCGGUUCUCUAUGCCAGAGACCUCUACCUGGCCGAGGGGGGCUCAGUCUACCCUGAUCGUUGCACCAUCAGCCUGGCGGCAGUGGGCGACACGGAGAAGCACCAGGACCGCAUUGCAUUCUGGGAUGACGUAUACGGGUUCAAGAUGGCGUGCAUGAAGAGGGCCGUGGUGCCAGAGGCCGUGGUGCAGGUCCUCAAACCAGACACGCUCAUCUCUCAACCUGCAGUCAUACAGGGGAUCGAUUGUAACGCAGUGUCUCUCUCUGAGCUGGAGUUUGCAUCAGACUUCUGCCUAAAGAUAACAGACAGCACGGACUGCACGGCCAUCGUGGGCUACUUUGACAUUUUCUUCGACAGAGACUGCGGCAACAAGGUGAUGUUCUCCACAGGACCACAGGUCACCAAGACGCAUUGGAAGCAGACAGUAUUCCUGCUAGAAAAUCCCAUCCCUGUACAAGCAGGGGAGGAGCUUCAUGGACGGAUCACCGUACGCAAAAACAAAAAGGACCCCCGCUCGCUGUUCAUCACCUUUGACCUCCAUGACAUGAAGCAGACCUACAGCCUGCAGUGAGUUCUCUGAUCACAUGACUACGAUCAUCAAUAGUGUGGCUGAACUGAAAUAUUCCCCAGACUUUGCCAAAACAAUUAGUAUUAUUAUGGUUGUUAUUAUGAAAUGUUGAACUCUUAUGGAAUCAGAAACAGCUUAUCUUCAUAUGGAGCAGUAAAUGUAGAUAAUAUAGGGAUUCGUUUAAAAAUAAAUUUAAAGUUAGACUGACAGAGUGGUGAGACAGGGAGAGUAUGAAGUGUGCUUGAACAACAAGCUGUGGAGUUCACUGCAUUUUUAAUGCCAUACCUGUUAAUAAACACAUUCCCUCA